CGAUGCCGUCAAACAGUCACGUGACAAUUGCGUUCCUGCCGAGGCAGUAAAUAGCAUCAGCUAUCGGAGGCUGUUAACCCAGCUACACCGUUUCAUGAUGUUUCCCCAACCGUAGUCCGCUCACUGUCUGAAGGAGAGCUCCAAACCGGUUUUCCCAGAGGUGGGUGACGACUUUUCCUGGAGUGGGGCGAAAUUAGAACCCAGAAGCUCGAGCUGGGUGAUCAAAUCUCAGCUUAGCAUCAGAAGUUUUAGCCUCCGCCGCCGCAGGAGGAGCAGGGCUGACGGAGGCAAGGGCUCUGCCUUGUGACCAUGCAGGGGGAAACUGCGGCGGUUCGGGUCGCGGAGAACGAGGGGAAAGUGGAUACAUUUCCCCCGAACAGAACCCCCAGUUCGGGGAGAGCGGGCGGGAAGAGCUGGCAGUACAGGUACUUCGUCCUGAACAACGAGGCGGGUCUGUUGGAGUACUUUGUGAACGAGCAGUCCCGCUCCCAGAAGCCCCGGGGCAGCCUGCCGCUGGCUGGGGCCGUCAUCUCUCCCAGCGACGAGGACUCCCACACCUUCACCGUAAACGCUAUCAGUGGAGAGCAGUACAAGCUGCGAGCCAGUGACGCCAAAGAGAGGCAGCACUGGGUGAGCCGGCUGCAGAUCUGCACUCAGCACCACACCGAGGCCCUGGGCAAGAGCAACCCCGCCCCCAGCCGCAGGUACUCUGUGGCGUCCCAGAGCAGCGCCAGCUCGCCGUUGUCUAUGCGGCGGCCCAGUCAGAGUGCCUCGGCCUUGUUCGGCUGGACGCAAAACCACAAGGGCUCCGUCUACUCGAGCAGGAAGUCCCUGAUGCCCGACCACCUGCUGGACGCCAGGGAGAUGAUGAGCCAGGCCCAGGGCCAGCACCGGGACCUGAUCCAGAGCAUCGAGGGGUUGCCGGUGGCCCCGGGCCCCGGCCUGUCCCCCUUGGACCAGGACCUGCUGAUGCUGAAGGCCACCUCCAUGGCCACCAUGAGCUGCCUGAGCGAGUGUCUGCACAUCCUGCAGCUGCAGCAGGUGGCGCGGCAGCGGGCCGCCCUGGGAGGGCCCACCAUCGAGUGGCUGGAGCGCAAAGGGGCCGACGACGUCCUGAAGAACGGCAGCAGUCCGCUGGGCGACCACACCCCACUGGACGGGGGCCGCCUGCCGCUCAGCCCCCCCGACACCUGCAGCUGCUCUGGGGAGCAGGAGGAGGUGGACCCGGAGGACGAGGUGGAGGACUCAUUCAUGGACACGGAGGAAGACCUGGGGGCCGUGGAGGAGGAACGCAGCGUCAUCCUGCACCUGCUGUCACAGCUCAAGCUGGGCAUGGACCUGACCCGGGUGGUCCUGCCCACCUUCAUCCUGGAGAAGCGCUCCCUGCUGGAGAUGUACGCAGACUUCAUGUCGCACCCGGAGCUCUUCGUCACCAUCACCGACGGCAACAGCCCCGAGGACCGCAUGAUCCGCUUCGUGGAGUACUACCUCACGUCGUUCCACGAGGGCCGCAAGGGCGCCAUCGCCAAGAAACCCUACAACCCAAUCAUCGGAGAGACCUUCCACUGCUCCUGGAGGGUCCCUCGGGGGCCCGAGGCCCUCCAGGGGGAGGCCGAGUCCCCCGUCGAGGCCCCGGAGCCCUACCAGGUCCGCUUUGUGGCGGAGCAGGUGUCCCAUCAUCCCCCGGUGUCUGGCUUCUACGCAGAGUGUCCGGAGAGGCAAAUGUGUGUGAACACACACGUGUGGACCAAGAGCAAGUUCAUGGGGAUGUCCAUCGGCGUGUCCAUGAUCGGAGAAGGUUGCCUGCAUCUGCUGGAGCAUGACGAGGAGUACACCUUCACGCUGCCCUGCGCCUACGCCCGCUCCAUCCUCACCGUGCCCUGGGUGGAGCUGGGCGGAAAGGUCAACAUCGCCUGCAACAAGUCCGGAUACUCGGCUGUCAUCACCUUCCAGACCAAGCCCUUCUACGGCGGAAAGUUACACAAGGUAACGGCAGAGGUGAAGCACAACCCCACCAACGCGGUGGUGUGUCGGGUUCAGGGCGAGUGGAACGGCGUGCUGGAGUUCAGCUACACCAGCGGAGAGACCAAGGUAGUGGACGUCACCAAGCUGCCCGUCACUAGGAAGCGAGUCCGGCCCAUAGAGAAGCAAGCGCCCACAGAGUCCAGGCGGCUGUGGCAGCAUGUGACGGAGGCGCUGCGGCAGAAGGACAUCGAUAAAGCCACCGAACACAAGAGGGUCCUGGAGGAGCGGCAGCGGGCCGAGGAGCGGCAGCGGGCCGAGACUGAGAUGCCGUGGAGGACCAGAUACUUUGACCAGGAGGGUGAAGGCUGGGCCUACAGCAAGCCUCUCUGGAAGAACUCAAAGUCCUACGUUUCCUGUCUUUAAGUCCAGCUUUAGGUGGCUGAAUGUGAGUGAGUUGCACACAGUUGGGAUGAAGGCGGGGCACUCUGGCAGCUGGCGGCCAAUCAGGUGACGCUCGGAGUCUCAGAGGAUGAGCUGCCGCCCCGCUGCUGCUCCGCUGCUCGUUUUUUAUAUCUCGACGUAUUCUUGUACAGGUACUAACAGCCUUAAGACGGUUCGGAGGGUUGGGAUCUGCUUGGUUUGCUUAAUUUCUCUACCUUCAGCUUCACUUUGGUUAAGAGGAGCGUUUGUUUGAGGAGAGAGAGAGGGGCGAGCGACGUGCUGCGUCUGUUCCAGACCAGCAGCUCAACCAAUCAGGACGAACUUCACAGGAAAACCAGGAAAACUGCUCAAAAAUCCCACUGCAGAACGGUUCAUAUGUCUAAACUGGUUCAAGAAAUCAAAGAAAUGUAUCCCCAAAGUCUUGUUAGCAGAUGUUAUUCAUCUAUAUGUAUAUACAUAUAUGCUGGAAUGACAAGUUUUGGCCUUCUUCACUCCGUCUCCCAUAUUCAUUAGUUUGUUUUUUGUCUAUAAGUGAUGUUUUUUCCAAAAAAAUGUAGAAUUUUGUUUUUCUGUUGUUUAACUACAUUUUAAUAAAUUAAUCCAGCAUCUUCAGGUUUCAUUUAAUCCAUCUAAACAUGUAAAAAUUCACUUUACUCAAACUGCCUGGAUAUCACGAGUUUUAAAUAAUUUAUUACAUGUUUAGUGCUAAUGACACUUUAUUAGCAUUAUAAACAUGUAAUAAAUGGUUAUUAAGAGGUUAACAUUGCUUUAGGCAUGCUAAUUUUUCAAUUUUUAUGAACCAUUCCAUGUUUUAUUAACAGCUAAUAAAAGCUUAACAGUUUAUCCUGCAACUGUGGGGCCCCACAGUUACAGGAUGUGGUUCCUGUAGCUGCCCGUCACCAGGAAGCGGUCUUGCUGGGCGUCGGCCCCCCAGCUCCAGGUGGCUCUAGCUCCGGCCCUGCCCAGCCAGUAGAGCAGCUGGUCCGGGUUCUCCUGCAUGGCUCUCCUCUCAGUUUUAAAAUGGUUCUGUUUGUUCCCUCCUCCUUGUGGAGCUGGAACGGUUCUGGUUCUGUGUGAAGAACCCGUCCCAGUGACACCGGUCCGGUUCCAGGCGGGUUCAGUCCACUCGGCCAUCGAUAAGCUACCCCGCCCCCCCUCCCCCAUCCCCUCCUGCAGUCCUGGUGCCUUAGCGACUCCUCCCUCCUCCAGGGAGAGCCGGUUGUUUCCCACCAGUGGUUAACCUGAAUGAUGCACUGAUGUCUGCUCUGUUCUCAUGUUUUGAUUUUCUAUUUUUCUUUAAAGAGUCAGAGCUUGGGAGUGAAAGGAGUCACUUUUUAAUUCUGGGUUUGGACUUCCUGUCGUCUGUCUUGCUGAUUUGUGAAAUGCACCGAUGUCGUAGCGGAACGGACGUGUGCUAAUAAUCCAAUAAAACUCUAAACUCUGA